AAACCAGCGGUGCUUCAUGUAGGUAGUCCAUGUAUUCUUUGAGUGAUAAUUAUUUCAAAACGCUUACAUCAAGUUUCAAUGUCCAAAAACUGAACAGAAUGACCCUUUUCUUAUAAUUUGUCCUUCCAUCGAUAGAAUAAAAAAUGAUACCACCAAGCGCGCUGUGGUACCGUACAGCGCUAGCUGGCGGUACAUUACUUCGACACCAAUUACCGGUACUGUGAAAAGUAGGCACGGUAUGGCUGCCACACGGAGAAGGACGUGCCCCCGUCUAUUUUGUCGAAGAUUUUGAACGUGUUUGUUCCUGACUGAUUACCAAAAAAAGUAAAAACUGAUUUUACCUUGGAUUAUGUUGUUUUGAAGUAAAUAACGAGGCAUCUAGAAAGCUAGAUUGGUUCAUUCGAGGAAAAGAAAAGGCGUUUGUUUUUAUUUAUAGUUCACGCCCUGUUAUGUGAUUUCGCCUACAGCGUGCCAUCAGCAUCCCCAGCGCUCAGGCGGUGUGGAUGGAGAACAAUCCGGUGUUGUGUUUCAUGACGAAGCUCGAGCUCUUGCAAAGUUGCAAAACAAACGUGAUGCAUGCGUUGUGCACAGUGGAUUUAUCAACCUUGUCGGUAAUUAAAAUGACAUGUUUAUCAUUGGAUUAGAACACGGACUCCAAUUUACCAAUGGCAUGCUAGGAAAUAUGCCAAUUGCCAUAAACUUAGAUCAACUGCUAGCUGCUGCAUAUUUAAGAUUAGUUUUAUUAGAACUGUAUUUUGGGGGUUUCUUAUCACUUCAUAUUUCAAGAUCAAGUUUCUGCUAGACAGGAAUAACCUUCGUUUCUGGGGAUUUAUUUAACAAUUUCUGACAUUUUACUAUAAUCCCCAUGUAUUGGUGAGUGAGCCAACGCAGUUCAGCGGAACAACCAAAAUACAGAGACUGAAGCUUUUGGUCUAGUUUCUGCAUGCCAUAGUCCGGACUGGUUCACAUGCAGCUCUGAACCCAAUUAUGUGAAUAAUUUUGGCAACUUUUUGCUCUUGACACAGUACUGAAUUGCAAAAGUACUAAUCUUCUAUUUAAAGAGGAUUCUAAUUUAUAUUAUAGUCGACUCCUUGAUUGCAGUAUCUACAUCAUGACGUCACAAGUAGUACUAUACGAAGGCUAUCUCACCAAAUCGCCUCCUGAACACAAGAUUAAUCGUGCAAGAUGGUGCAAACGUUUCUUCCAGCUGUGCGAUACAGAAGGUGAAAUCUUCCUCCAGUACUUCAAAGACAAUACCUGUACCAAGCUGAAGGGCACCAUCAACCUCCGGGAGUGCGAACAGGUAGACCAGGGCCUGUCUUUUGAGACCAAGAGCAAACUCAAAGAUGCCCACAUCUUUGACAUCGUGACCCAGCGUCGCAAGUACUUCCUGGUGACAGAGACGGAGGAGGAGAUGUUGCGGUGGGUCCACAGUAUCUGCACUGCGUGUGGCUUCCAGUCUGAGGACUCUAUUUCUACAGUCUCGGACCAAACAGAUGGCCCAGGUUCUCCUGCAAGGUUUGCCGAAACCCCCCUAAAUGUGGGAUCUCCUCCUAUGACUACCACCAGACCUCCCACUACAAACGGCAAUGAAUCGUACAUCGAUAUUGCCGAGUGUGAGACAGGUAUUAACCCCCUUGCUUCAAGCAAUGGUUUGCCACCGAAGCUGAACGCCAAGGAAUCCCUUCCGCAGCAUGUUCCACAAGCUAGACAACCAAAGACUUAUAAUGACACCAUGAGCAGCACAUCCAGCAGUGCUCCUAGUGACUCUGCGCCUUCCCCACCUAACUCCAGACCGACAUCACAGGUUGAGGGAGCAGUCACUGAUGAUAUCUACGAUGUUCCUCCGGUUAGGCAAUCUGAUGAUGCUCCUCCAGUUCCAUUACGGCCUGCAGCAACACUUGAAGAGUCUAUUUAUAAGGUAGUGCCACCGAGCAAGGAUCCAACAAGCUAUCGCUGUGAGAGUCAGCUGUCGUCAGCAUCCAGCAACAGGGGCUCGUUUUCGAACUCUGAUGACUUGGGAUCAGGACAGACCUAUGACUUGGUACCCAGUUUUAAUGACAGAAGAUCCAGCGGAUUUGAGUCAGUGGAGAGCAACGGUCCACAGUCGAACUAUGAGACACCUCCACCAAGGCCACCUCCACCUGUCACUGAGGACAUCUAUCAGGUUCCUCCUUCCAGACCAAGUUUGGAUGCUGAAACAGACUGUUUGUAUGAUGUUCCUCCUAUGUCACCACAAAUUGACAAUACAUACGAUAUGUUACCUAGUCCCAUGCAGAAGACACCUCUGCAGAACAUACCCUCACAUCUCAAAUCUCCUUCUCAAAUCAGUACAUCCACCGACAACUUGGCUAGGUCCUUUGAGGAGAUAUCCCAACAAAAUGCCAAUCAGUCCCUCUUAAAUGGGGAUCUAGAACACUCGACAUAUGAUCCAGUACCAGCAAUGGAUCUGAAUGCAUCCAUUGGGUCGAACUGUUCUUACGGUAGUGUCUUCAAGGACUUGGGUCCUUCCACCUCGGCUAUGGAAGCACCUCCUCGUCCUGCGAAGCCUCAGAGUAUGUGCCCCUCCACGCCACCACCCAGUAUCGAUGAAAAGUAUGUUGCGCCCGCUCAACCCAACCAUCGCUUCUCACCCAGUGAAAUGAGAAGGAGGUUGACAAGCAUCGAGACCAAGAGUCCUCCCAGCAUGGCCAAUCAUCACCAACAUAAAUGGAUGGAUCAGGUAGUACCGCCACCUGGGUAUAUCAAUACCAAACGCUCCGGUACAGCAAAUCCUGGAAUGGCAAGACCAAACUCUUCUUUCAAUCCCAGAGGCUAUAUUCCCAUGAGGUCAAAUACUGUGUCUUGCGGCUCCAGGUCAACGUUCCCAGCCAAUGGUUUCCAGAAUGGCCAGCAGCCACCACCGGGGAGUUAUAUGGCUAUGCAAGGAAGCAGUGAGAGUCCUAAAAGUGGACUUGGGGCACCCAUAUCGGAGGAGAGCUACAUGCACAUGCAGAGCCAGAAUGAAGGAAACCCGGACAUGUAUACACUGAUGAUAAAUAACUCAGCCCCUGCAAUACCCCGAAGGCCACCCCGUCCAAGUACCAGUUCCAUCAUCAGUGUCUCGUCUACAGCCAGUGGAGAUAGUCUGCCGCCCCCUAUUGACAGGAGGAAUAAGCCGAGAAGUACCGAUUCAUCUAUUCUAAACCCUGAGAUGCUCGGGAUGGAAGGAUCAUUCUACGCCACAGGUACAGAACUUCCUGCUGACUUCCCGGUCCAGAAUCCCAGGACAAAGAGCUUCAGUAAAAGACCAUCAAGGCACAGAGAGUCGGGAGGUUUCCCGAGCACCCCGCCCCGCCCUCACCGGAGCGUGCACUCUUCUAGUAGCUCUCACACAGACUCCAUCGCACCACCAAUGGACGAAUCCUACGUCUUCUCUGAACCCACCCCUAUUACUAAACCAAGGAUAGAGUCUCAUCAAUUUCAGACCCGUCAUGCCAGCAUCGACUCGGCCAUCCACCCGCACCCCUCGCCGACCCUCCCGCCACAGAGCCACACGGUAGAGUACCUGGAACUGGACCAUGACAGCGACAGCCCCUCCACGUUGCCCCGCCCGCCCAAGCCGACCUCGCCCAAAGACCAGGUGGAGUAUAUCCACCUGGAUAUGGAGAAGACAAAGGCUUUGCAGGAGGUGACCCAGAACAGGGAGGAGAGCUACAGGCCGAAGAACAAUGAUGGCGGAACCCUCAAGAGAUGAGAUGGUCUACCCCCUCUAUAGUUGGAAAGCAAGACAGGCAUUACUAGUUGUAUCUUGUCUAUCCAUAAAGGAGGGCUGCUAUGUUGAGGAACAUCUGACCAGCGUUGACUGUGCUUUGAUGAUGGAGAUGCUCCAUAGCUGUCUGCAUCACUUGACUUUGUCAAGAGCCUUGGGACAGUUAAAACUGGACCUUUGUGAAAAGCUGUUCUUUUCUCCUCAUGGGAAAUUGUUGCUUUUUCUCUCUCUCUGAGAUAUGUGUGUCUCACAGUGGAUUUAUUACAUUUAUAUUACAUUUCAUAUUAAAGCAAUGAGUGAGUCAUAUUGCAACACAGAUGUACGCUGUAUACAUUAAUAUUACAACUCUUUCAGAUCUUUAGUACACAAUUUUUCAUAGAUAUUAUAUUGAGAUGAUAUUUGAAGAUAAACUUCAAAUUCAUCAUGAUGACAUUUGUAGAUGAUUUGCUUCAUUUCGUGUUCCUCGUGUGGUUGUAUUUAUUGUAUUGGCUUGAAGUUGAAUUGCACUUGACAGAAUCAUGCAGUAUGGAAGUGAAUAUGCAUUUUUUUUUUCAAACUAAAGUGAAUAUGUAACUGCUCCUGUGUUUGUGUUUUGUGUACUUCCAAGGUGCAGUUUGAAUUUUUUACACUUGAGCAACUGCUAAGAGCAUCUUGUUGGGAUCAUGAAUGAAAUCACAUAUGAAUACUACACAAUGUUUAAGAUGAUCAGAUGAAAAUUAAUGCCCCAAUUAUACUUCACUGGAAGGAUGUAUAUUUCAAUUUCAUAUGAAUAUAAAUGAUUAGAAAACCCAUUAUAUAGCUUCCGUAUUCCAGUUGUAAAGAUAUUUUACACUCAACAGUUUUGUGAAAUAGCUACCCCCCCCCACCUCGCCACACCCCCAUUGCGAAUGUACAUGUGAUGCAGACCAAACAGUACCUCACAACACCAAAAUGGUUAACAGUAUUAGCAUACACAUCCAUGUAAUAAUGAAUCACAAAAACAAGUCUUCCCUUUUGCAAGAUAGUGUACCAUCCCCAUUCCCAGGGGAGCAUUCCAAUGUGACAGGCUUCCAUAUUAUGAAGCUAAAGUUCUACAGUAGUCUCAUUUUUUGCAAAUCAACAUGUAUUAUAAUCGUUUUGACUCUGAAUACAAGUUUAAAGAUUGGAAAUGCAUUUGCAACAAUUUGUCAGUGCUGAGUCAGGGAGAAUAAACAAGAGUGAUCUCUUACAGGAUGCCAUUUUCUUUAGAUGAUUUUGUUUUUCUAAUCUUCAAAAAAAAAGAUGGCUUGCAAUAUCUAUUUUCAUAUUUUCCCCACAUCUGUACAGAUUUUUGCUCCAAGGCAUCUCUUAAUCUCAAACCUCAUAUGUGUCGUGGUUUACUUGGAGAAUUUGAAAUCAUGCGGAUACAAUUCAUCCAGGGUGGAACGAGAUUUGAUGCGAUUUUAAUAAAUCACAUUUUGCAUAAAUGUGAAGUUCCAAGAAGUGAAAAUACUCCCAUUUGAAGUUUGUCAUUAUGUUAGGAAUAAUAGAAUAAUAAUUUUGCUUUGUUGCAAGCCGUGUAGUUGGAGUAAAGUCCAAAUAUGCUUCAAGUCACAGCCAAUGAAGACGUCAUUGCAAUUUGAAAACAAAUUACUUUUAUUCCUACAGUGAGGCUCGAAUGAGACUGAAGUUUUCUUUCAGUUAGUCCUUCCACUUUCCUGAACUCUGAUCGUUAAUAUUUUGUCGGCUGGAAUGUUUAUGUCAAAUGUUAUCAUAAUUUCUUUAAAAUUUGGAUCGCAUCAAAUUGAGUAUUGUGGGCCAGACUUUAUGUAAUGCCACUGGACAUUACCUGGAGGUAAAGCCAUGACCUCACUUUCUUUGGCCCGACAGUUCUCUGAGGCUAAGCUCAAAUUACUUGCCGGUACAUCAAGUUUGCUUUCCCCAAAGAAGUCUUUAUUACAGGUAUUUCCCAUGCAUAAAGUAUGGGGCCAGUUUUAGUAAGGCAUUUUGUGUGUAAUUGAGUUUUUUCAGAUGUGUAUCAAUCAGACAUGAUUAUUUGUCUCGGUCCAACCUUUGACAUCACUAUAAAUCUAAAAGAUGUGACCAGAGCUCAAACCUCUGCAUCAAUUUGUAGUUUCCCUCAAUUAGCUGAAGCUUUCAAAACCCAAGAGAAACAGUCUCUUCCUAUGCUCUUGAAUAUGAAGGAUAAAAAAAUGUAUGACAUGCUAACUGAAGGGUAUUAAUUCAUUCCUUGUGUCAAACAUUCAUUUAUUUUUUAUUAUCGAUAAUUUCAAGUGAGUUAUGAAUAUAGAAAACAUUUCAAUUCACAUAUACUCAAAGUGAAUAGCAACAUCUAGCACGAUCUAGGACAACAUUGCUUAGGAUUUUGUGUGAGAUAUGUUAAGUAAUUGAAAGAAAAAUACAAUUGUGAUGAUGCAUUAUUAUACACUCAGCAAAAGAAAUUCAUGUCAUACUGGAAGAGGAAUAUUGUCUGGUCAUGUUGACAUACAAUAAUUUGCCCUUAAUCAAAUACUAGUAGCUAUAUGGAAUAUUUUAACUUUUAUAAGUGUCCAAGAAAUUUUUUGCCGAGUGUAUAUUCAUACAAAAACAUGUCUCACCGCGGUUUCAGCGACAUCCAUUGUUCUUUUUUUGUCGCAAGAAAUGGAUGAUUUGGCUCGAAAAGUUGCUGAGAGGUAUUGGUGCUGAAAAGCUAAGCCAAAUUUUCUCAUACUUCAAUAAGAUGCUUAAAGGACUUUGCUUUCAUUACCAUGUAAAUAGAAAUAGCAUUUAUUCUGACUGAUGCAUAUCUAGUUAUACAGGGGAAAUCACUUUGUGGCAUAUGGCUAAUUUGCCCCCUAAAUUCUCUGAAAAAUGAAAAAAAUGAGCUGUGAUAAAAUGUAGCAAAUUUUGGCCUGUACAAAUCAAUGUGAUCGGGGUGUUGCCUGUGACAAUCUCGCACAUAUUUUUUGUGUAUUUGCUUCAUAUAUGUGUUAUCAAUUUGUGUGGCAUUAUCGCUAAUAUGCAAACCCUAAUUUAUUUUUAAAACUAUUGGCAUUGACAAGAAGAGGCAAAUCUUAAAGUAUGCAAAACAACUUAUCUGACAAAUAUCACUGUUGUAAUAUCACAUUUCUUUUACCAUUACUCCAUGUUGUCAUGACAACCGUGUCGUUGCAAGAGAUAUUUAGGAUGAGCAAAUUCAUUGGGAAUAAACUACCAGAUGGUGUCAUUAAGUUGGGAUGAACACCUUUAGAUCAUUACCAUAAGAUCUUUCAAAUUCAUAAAAGAUCACUUUAGACCAUGAUGAUAUAUGUUGGUGCUCAAAAGUUAGUGAACCCCAAUAGAAAAUGAACAGCUUUAAAGUGAUCAAGUUCUGCCAUGUUUUGAAUAUUUAAUUCUCAGGUCAGGUGAUCAGAUAUUACAUUCAAUAAAGUUUGCUUCUCUGUGCUCGCCGAACAUUGUAGUAUUGUCUACAACCAAUGCUCAGCAUGAAGGAGUGCAUUUUAUGGAGGAAUCAACUAACCUACAAGCACAAUUGUGUGGGAAGUAUCUCUGCAUCCAUGGAAUAACAUGUCUUUAAAAACAUACAGAUAAAAAGUGAAGAAGUAUUCUUUAAUUUUUAUUAUUUGUUAAGUGUCACCUGUGCCUGGGAGGCAAAAAGUGAACUGAAUCACUGUGACCUGCAGAUAUCUCCUCCCGAUAUAACUGAUUAGGGGAGUGCAGGUGGACCACUACAUUAGGGUUCCCCCUACUCUUAUGCGACACUCCUUUACACCGGGCCUCCAUUUAAUGUCCUAUUCAAGGGAUAGAGUGUUUUCAACUGUAACAUAGCGUGCAUCUAUUGAACAGGGGAAAGGUGUUUGCAUAAUGCACGAUUAAAGUUUUUGAUCCUUGAGUGGAUUAUGUAUACAUGUAGGUUCCUGUGUAUGGGAUCCACUGUAGUCAAUUGCAAUACAUUAUCAAUUGCGACUUAUUUACAACCAAUCUGAAGUUCACAUUUGGGUUUGAAUUUUUUAUGCAGUGGGCCUUUAUUACAUAAGAAUGAAAGUGAAUGUAAAUUGAAUUAUUGAAUUGAAAUAUAAUUUAUAAGACUUUCCUGAUUUUGUGUUUUCUUGUUUGCCUUUGCUACAUAUUUCCUUUUCAUGUUAAAAAGUAAUUUUUUUCUUACUGUCAUUCAACCCACUCUAUCCAAGAAAUAGACAAAUACUUACUGCAAUUUUAUAAAGUAUGCAUUGAUAUUUCACUCUCUUCUACUGAACAUAGGCAUUAAAACAAAAUGGACCAUUUUGUACAAAAAAAUUCAAGAGACAAAAGAUAAAUUAUAUAUUUUAUCUACAGAAGAAUAAAAAGAAUAUAUAUAUUCAGUACUUCAAAUUAGUGGCAAUAUUUGUGAUAGAAUAUCGAUUACACAUUUUUGAUGCAGCUUGUUAUUUGCAAAUUAAGGGGGAAAAAUCAUAUCUCCUUUAAUAUUUAUUUUUUUUCCAACAUGGAUAGACAAAAUGAUAUACUGGUGGUAUGUAGUUAAAACAGAUUUGAGAAUAAUAUGAAUGUAACAGAAUUAUUUAAAUAAAUGAAAUUUUAGAUUUACUUGUGGAAUCAUUGUGAUGUUUUUAGUGGUAAGUUUAUCAAAUCAAUACAUCAAUGAAAGGAGAUUCUUAAAACUGCUCAUAGAGUUAAACUUAUGUGUUUUCUAAUUCAUUCAAAAAAAAUAUUCAGUUGUUGAAAUAUGCCGUG